ACGUAGCGAAAAUGCAUAAUCCAAAUCUAUAAUUCCAACUACUUAGUACUUAUCCAAUAGCCAAUAAUCAAUACCUAUUUCCAAGCUAAAAUUAUAAACAUUUGUUGUUCAAUAAUCAAUAUUCGAAAACGAUUAAAAUAUAAUACAGUGAUGAUUAUUAAUUUUACUCCUUUAGUCUGUUGUUUCUUAAUAUUGUUCAAAAACGUUUAAAAUGUAGAUUGUUUAGGGUUUUUUUUUGAAAAUUUAACAUUUUAUCACUGAUUUAAUUUCAAAAUAUUUUUGUACAAUAUUGUUGUAACUUGGUCUUCUUUUACGUGUACUGAUUAAUUUCAACUUGAUAAAUAUGUUGUGUAAAUGUUUUUUUUUAUUGUUAAUGUUCUGUGGCUUACUAACUGAUCUGAUAAAGUGUCAAACGUUAGAGGUAGUUACUGACAAUGAGCUUUUAGAUUUAUGCCGUUCUGAAAACCAAGUAGUUGCCUUAUUUACAUUAAAAGACUGUGAAAAAUGUAAAAAGUAUGAAGAAACUCUUACUCAAAUUAGAGAAGAACUUGUUGAUUCAUUAAAUGCUUGGGUUGUAAAAGUGGAAGGUAGUAAUUUAGUUCACAUUUAUAAUCCUGCUAAAGAACCAGCAUUGGUAAUGUUUCGACAUGGUGUACCAUUACUGAUACCGGAGUCAGAGGCUGUUAAUGAUGAGUUUUUGAUAGACAUGUUAUUGAACAACAGAGAUCCUAUUGUGAAAGAACUUAAUGAUAAUAGUUUUGAACAUCUAACUCAGGCAUCAACAGGAGCCACAACGGGGGAUUGGUUUAUUAAAUUUUAUUCAUCAGAUAGUAUAGAAUGUCAAAGAUUACAAGCUCGCUGGGAAACAGUUGGUGCUAAACUGAAAAAUCGUGUAAAUGUUGCUCGUAUCAACAGGUACAUUGGAGGAUCAAUAACUGCUCGUCGAUUUUCUAUUAGCCAAUCACCUACAUUUAUUUUAUUGCGCCGUGGUGUCAUGUAUACUUAUACAUCAAGUGAUUAUACUAUUGAAUCAUUCCUUAAAUUUGUUGAAGAAGAUUAUAAAUUCACAGUUAAAGGACAAGUGCCUCAACCAAAAUCAACUUUUGAUGAUUUUGUACACAUGUGCUUUGAUGUGCUCAGGGAAAAUCCAUUGGCGUGGAAGUUAGGCUUGACCGUUUUAAGUGUGAUAUUGCUGUGUCUUGCUGCUUUGAAGAAAACAUCCAAGUCAAGUGAAUACAAGUCAAAAAAAAAGUCUACUAAAACUUCCAGUAAAAAAAGCAAGUAAAUGUUUAUAAUAUAAUAAAAUAUAUAGGUACAUUUUAAGUUUAACUUAAAUAUUUUCAAUAAAUCUUUUAUAAAAUAAGUGCAUGUAUAAUUAAUAUUUUGAUUUCUGUUAUUUGAAUGUUUUAUAUUUAAAAUAUAAAAUUAUAAAUUGUA